GAUGAACUCGGUGAUGCUAUUGAUAUUAAGGAUCCUGACCAAACUCCUGUAGAUGAACGUAGGACGAAACGCCUGGCAGCUGAAGCUGCCAAGUUUGACCCUGAUCAUUACCUGGCUGAUUUAUUUGAAGAUGAAGCUAUUCAGCAUGUCUUAAAGUACAAACCAUGGUGGGUUGAUGCCCAGAAAAGAAUGAUAGCCUCGCAGGAAGAAAGUCAUCAGGAAUGUGACACUCAUACGUUUGUUAUCCUUUUUAUAGUCUUCUCUGAAGAAGAGAAAGAGCAGCUGAGAAAGUUCACAAAUAAAUCUUAUCUUCUGGAUAAAAGAAGCCGUCAUCAUGCGUAUCUUGGCUUAAUUGAUAUCCUUCUGGCGUAUUGCUAUGAAAUCUGUGUCAAUGAAGGAGAGAAGAAUGUUGAAUCAUCUUGGAACAUCAGGAAACUGAGUUCAACGUUGUGCUGGCUGGAGCGUUUCACUAGCAUUAAUGACGUCCUGGUAUCUUUUGGAAGAAGAGUACUGUGCUAUCCCCUGUACAGACACUUUGGAUUAGUGACUCGUGCCUGCAGCGAUACAGUCAUGAUACUGCAACUGGGCAGAGCUGCAGUUUUGAAGUGUCUGCUGGACAUUCACAAGAUUUUUAUGGAGAACGACCCUGCCUACAUCCUGAACGAUCUCUUCAUUACAGACUAUUGCAUCUGGAUUCAAAAAAUCAAGUCAAAGAAGUUGGCUGCACUCUCUGAAUCCUUGCAGAAAACCGCGCUUGCUAAGUCUCACUUAGGAUUGGAGCUGGAAGAGCUGGAAGAGGCAGCAGUGCUGGUUCAAGAGGAAGAGAAGAUGUUAAAAGCUGCUGGCGCAGUUUCCAAGCAACAGCUGCCUUCCUCCGGGUCUGAGACGAGCGGCUCUGAGGAAUCCAGCAGCACUUCAUCAUCCGAGACAGACGGCUCUGAUUCAGACGAGCGAGAGUCCUCAGCCAGCGAAGAUGGGAAAAUAAAUCCUUUACAAGGCGCGCUUCAGGAGGAGAGGACAGCUCCACUUACUGACUCUAAUGGAUUAAGGCAGGGCGCAAGCACUUCGGCGUCUGAGGUUAGUGAUGAAAAAUCAAAGGUUCCUCUGCAAUCUACCUCUGUUCCUGGAAAACUGAUAGAAGAAUUAGAAAAGCAGAUGCACGCUGCAGUCAGACUUUCAGAAGAGCCUGCAGGAUUGGCUACUGCAAGCUGCAUUUUACAGGAACAAGGAGAAAACCAUGGAUCUGAACAUGACAGGUUCUCAAAGGGUACUGCUGGGAAGGGAAAUUUCCUGGAGGUGUCUUCAGAGACAAACCCACUGCUUUUCCUUUGCAGCACAAAUGAAGAUGAAGACUAA